CUCAUGAAUGUUUUGAAGAAGAAGACAUCUUGUUGCUCCUGUCUACCAAGUGUAUCAGCUGAUUGUCAUUCAAAUUUACCAAAACAUUGCCCAUUCAAUAACAUUAGUUGAGAAAUAUCGAUUCCAUAAUCCAAACUGAGCGGUUUUAGUAUAAUAUAUAUUCAAAUACUUAAUAUCAUCAACUAUGGCAUCAGCUGUAACCGAUAAAGUGAAGGAAAGAAGAAAUAGGGUCUUGGUAGGACAGCUGCCUGAUGAUUUUUUACGUAUUUCUGUUUCUCCUCAACAACAACAAGAGGCUGCAGACAGACAAACAGCUAUAGCACUCCAUCAAGCUUAUACGGCACAAUCAUUGGGUAGGUUGAGUAUAACUGUAGUACAAGCUAAAUUAGCUAAGAACUAUGGUAUGACGCGAAUGGAUCCUUACUGUAGAUUGAGAGUGGGCCACUACGUUUAUGAAACAAAUACUGAUACGAAUGGAGGAAAGACACCCAAGUGGGGAAAAGUUGUGCAAUGCAUGCUUCCUAAAGGGAUAAAUGCAAUAUCAGUUGAAAUAUAUGAUGAAUGCUCAUUUACAAUGGAUGAACUGAUAGCUUGGGCAACAAUUGUCAUUCCUCAACAGGUGUUGGCUGGAGAAACUCAUGAAGAUUGGUAUCCUUUGAACGGAAAACAAGGAGAAGGAGUAGAGGGAAUGAUUAACCUUGUACUGAGCUAUGCUGUGAGCCCUCCAUUCUAUGCACCUGAACGAUCCAUUAUGGUUGUACCGAAUGUGGGUGUUGGAACUGGAAUGCAACCAACUUUAUUAGGAGAACCCACCCCUGCUCCCUUAAGAGUUUAUACUGCCCCAACUCCACAAGUUCCAGUAAUACCAGUUUUGAGCGAGUCUGAGUUGAAACAAAUUGAAGAAAUGUUUCCAAGCAUCGAUAAGGAAGUUAUUAAGAGUGUGUUUGAAGCUAAUAGAGGAAAUAAGGAGGGAACCGUCAAUUCACUACUGCAAAUGUCUGUAGAUUAACUCCAGAAUAUCAUCUCUCAUUCCCAUCAAUUAAUAUAAUAGUCCAUUUCAUCCCUUAAUAUGCAAGAUAUUUCCUAAUUGUUUAAAGUUAAUACGAAACUAAAUUAAUAGGUGUUAGAUAACUAUUUUUGGCCUCAACAAAUGUUAAUUGUGAUGUUUAGUGUAAACUAGUUUGGAUUCAGCUCAAAGAAAAUAAUAUUUCAUGAAGUAUUUUCAAAAGAUGCAAGCUACAAAUGAAGUUGAGGAACUAUAUACCAGAUUUGAAAAUUUUUUUGAUAUUGAGUUUAAAUUUUUAAAUUUAUCAAGUUCAUCCGAUUAUACAACUCCCAACACUUGAUGAUUGAGUUAUCAGAUAUUUUUUCAGUUCACCUAUUCAAAAGAUUGCUCAUUUUCAAAGAGAUAUAAAUAUCUUUGUUUCUAAUUCAUUAGAAAUUUUUUUAAUGUUAAAUUCCAUAGUUAUCAAUAUAUUCAUGGUGUCCAUAUGGGCUAACUAUUACAUUUAUCUAUGAUAUAUUAUUCCGACGUCACUUCUCAUUUUUAGCAACACUAAUACACCUAAUUUUUCAUUUGUGUAAGAAAAAGAUUAUCUUACUGUUAUCGAAGCUUGAGGUGCCAAAUUUUAUUGAUGAACUGCUUGAUUGCAAACAUUUGUAACUUCAGAUUUCACAUUUAUUAUUUCUAUUAUCUUCUAAUGUUAAAAUUAUAGAUUGACUGAAAAAGAGAUUUUAUACAAUUAUUCAUUAUUAACCAAAGAAAAUCAUGUAUGUUUCAGUUGUAACAUACAGCCAAUGGCUUCAUUUAUUUUUUAUUUUUACUCCAUAAGAAACAUAUGUAUGUAGUUAAUGCCAUAAUAUAAAUGUGAGUCCUAGGA